AUGCCAACCAGAAGGCCACAUACCAAGACGCGCCAUGGGUGCGCGACAUGCAAAACACGAAAGGUCCGGUGCGACGAGGAGAAGCCCAUCUGUCGGAACUGCACCCGCGGCAAUAGAGAGUGCCUCUAUCCCAACCAGCUCCUGGCUCUGGCUACUUCUCUGUCCUCGGACUCUCCCGAUGGACAGCGAGUCUUUCCCCUCCGCGAUAUGGAGUUGUUGCACCACUACACAUCGACAGUGUACGCGACCAUAUCCGACCAACGAGAGCAUGCCUUCAUUUGGCAGAUUACCGUGCCGAGUCUCGCAUUUCAGUACCCGUUCUUGCUUCAUGGCCUGCUGGCUCUGGCGACCCUCCAUCGUCGACAGAAGGCCGUCGCAGAUUGUAGAGAGCCUCUGAUGAACCUCGCACGCUAUCACCAGCAGCACGCACUGAAGCUGUACAUACCUCUGCUCCAAUCCAUCAACGACCAGAACUGUCAUGCAUUAUUCGCUUUCUCUGUGAUCAUUGCCAUUAUCUGUUUCGGCAUGCUCAGCGACGAUGCCCACGACGCGCCCCCACUGAUCGCUAGAGUAGUGGAUGCAUUUGAUGCCCUGACUGGCGCUGCCGUCGUGGCAGUGGAAGCCUUACCCUGGCUCGAAGCUGGUCCGAUGGCCGCCGUGCUGGAUAAGCUUGAGCCACCUAGAACAGACCUGGAGGGCAUUGAUCCUAGUAUGCGAGUUGCACUAGAGGGACUCUUGGAGUGUGUGGAUCGAGUGUGCGAGGACGGCGGCCACUCCAAGGCCGGAUUGGAUCGCGAGGCACGGCGCGAGACCUAUCGCCGAAGCAUAUACGCGAUAGCCACCAUCAUAUCGCCUGAAGUGUAUCGAAAUCGGCCUCUGAGUGUUGUGGUAAGUUGGCCUAUCAUGGCUCAGCCAAGUUAUACUGCACUGCUACGACAUCGUGAUCCUCUGGCAGUCGUGAUUCUUGGACACUACGGCGUCGCACUCCAUAAGAUUGACAAAGUUCUGUGGGCUCUAGAGGGACUCGGUCAGCGUUUGACGGAGAAGGUGGCAAGUGAGGUCGGUGAUGAGUGGAAUUCGUACCUCACAUGGGCUCGGAAACGCGUUGCAGAAGCUGCAACGCCUGCUUCUCACAUUACUCCCGGAUCAGCAUCAUCAUCAUAGCGUAAAUGAGGUUCUGAAGCUUUGGAAGUUCGGACAUCCUUG